AUAUCCAGAAAAUAUUACGCCAGAAAGUGAAGAGGUGGAGCCCAAACCAAUGGUCAUUGGCACCAACAACGUUUUUGAAGUUGGGUGUUAUUCUCAAGCAAUGAAGGUGGGAGAUAACAACGUCAUCGAAUCCAAAGCAUUUGUCGGCAGGAACGUGAUCCUGACGAGCGGCUGCAUCAUCGGGGCCUGCUGUAACAUCAACACCUAUGAGGUGAUCCCCGAAAACACCGUCAUCUACGGGGCCGACUGCCUCCGACGUGUCCAGACCGAGCGGCCGCAGCCCCAGACGCUGCAGCUGGAUUUCCUGAUGAAGAUCUUGCCAAACUACCAUCACCUAAAGAAGACCAUGAAGGCCACAUCCACUCCUGUCAAGAGCUGA